AUGUUUUCGCGUUUUCGGAAAGACACUGGUGAACAUACCAACUAUAGCGACGAAAAGAAAACUGCGUUAGCAAGUGGCACUCAAAUUGAGCAUGCUGAUAACGUUGAAGCUGCUAUUGCCAAGAGCAACAGCUCGUCGGAUGGGAAAUCGGAUAAUUUCAUCGAGCCAGAUGAGAAGGAGCUUAGACGAUUAAUGUGGAAGCUUGAUCGCCGGAUUAUCCCGUACAUCUCCCUGCUUUACUUGUGCUCUUACUUGGAUCGUGUUAACAUCGGCAAUGCGAAGAUUGCCGGCUUAAUGGAGGAUAUAGACAUUACGGAGUCGCAAUACAACUGGGCCUUAUCAAUCUUCUUUAUCGGCUAUGUUUUGUUUGAAGUCCCUUCAAAUUUAAUGUUGAAAGUUCUAGGUCCCAGAAUAUGGAUUUCAAUUAUUGUAAUAGCUGAGUCAGCAUUGUAUCCUGGCGUGCUUUUUUACCUUUCGGUGUGGUACACUAGAAGACAGCAAGCAUUGCGAAUCGCACUGUUUUAUGGAAGCUCAACACUUGCAGGGGCAUUCGGCGGCGUUUUGGCCUACGGUAUCAUGCACAUGGAAGGUUUACGAGGUCUUUCGGGAUGGCAGUGGAUUUUCAUCAUUGAAGCGAUACCGACCUUGCUUCUUGGAGUACUCACAUAUUUUGUUCUACCUGACUAUCCCGAGUCAGCAAGGUUCUUGAACGAACGUGAGCGAGAAAUUAUUGUGAUGCGAAAUAAGCGAGAUGCUGGUGUGGCUACAGACACACAUUUUUCGUGGCAUCAAGUCGGCUCUACUUUUAUCGAUUGGAAGAUUUACGCAUAUUCAGUCAUUUAUUUGUGUGCAGCCAUUCCUGUUUACAGCUUCAGCAUGUUUAUGCCUAGCAUCGUGAAUGGAAUGGGCUACACGAAUUUAACAGCGCAAUUAAUGUCAUCUCCCCCUUAUGCCUGUGCAUUUGUUUGGUGUAUCAUGAACGCUUAUGAUGCUGACCGUCGCGGUGAACGUGGAUUUCAUAUGGCGUUCUCUGCGAUUUUUUCACUCAUUGGCUACGUUCUUAUGAUUACACUACACAGCACCAGCUCCGUUGCGCUAUAUAUUGGGGCAAUCAUAGGCACUAUGGGAGCCUUUGGUAUAAUUCCUCCAAUGACAUCGUGGUUUUCAAACAAUUUCGGCGGGCACACAAGACGCAACGUGGCAGUUGCAUUGGUUACAAGUUUCGGCAACACGAGCGGAGCCAUCUCUGGCCAAGUUUAUAGGGCAUAUGAUGCACCGUUGUAUAUCAAAGGUCACACGGCUUGCUUGGUUUUGAUGGCUGGAUGUGCUGUAACAGCUUUAAUGAUGAAGUUCACUCUUUAUCGCAUAAAUAAGAAACGGGACAACAUGACACCGGAAGAGUACCGUAUCGCUAGUGAGGGAACAGAGCUUGGUGAAAAGGUAUUUAGAAAAAAGACAUACUAG